AUGUUUGGCGCAAAGAGGAAAGCGCGCAAGAUCCGGGUGGCAGAGGACAACGAGGACAAUGCCGAGCCCGCCUCUGCCACCGAGGAGCCCAUGGACGAUGCUCCCGACCCAAGCCCGUCCUCCGUCAAGUUCACUCGCAAACCAUUCAAGGGGUCAUCGCUCAGGAGGAGCAUCAACGUCAACGAUGACGGUGACUCGGGCGGACUUAGCGGCUCAACCGCGACGUCGGCAGCCGCCGAAGAGGACGAAGACGACGGCCCAGCAGUGGUGCGACCAGCGGUCAGCCGGUCGGGAUCUACGAGGGUGAAAAAGAAGGCGUCAUCAUCGCGCCUUUCUUUCGGCGUGACAGAUCCUGCGGACGACGGCGAAGGAGCCGACAGCCGACAGCCCAUCACACCCAAGAAGCCAAGCAGCCUGUCGCAGCGAGCCACCGAGAACAACGCCCUGCGGUCCUCACUCUCGAACCGCAAACUCCCCACUCGAUCAUUUGGGCCGGAGGCCGAGGAGGCAUCAUACAGUAAAGAGUACCUGGAGGAGCUACAGUCGUCGACGCCCAACACCCCGCAAAACAUUGCGUCGCUGCGCAUACACGAUGAUGACGCCGGCGCCGGCGCAGGUGCAAACACAAGCGGAGAGGCCAUGGACCUCGACCCUUCCGAGCUCGAGGGCGCCGUGGUCGUGCCGCAAGCCGACCUGUCUGUGUCAACGUUCGGCACGACAAGCCACAUCCCAUCCGCCGUCGAGAUCCGCGAAAAGAAAGAGCGGCGGGCGCGGCUCGCCGUAGAAGGAGACGCAUACAACGAGGACGAGGACGAGGACUAUAUAUCCCUCGCCCCGAAGAAGAAAAAGGACGACACGCGGCUGAUCGCCGAGGACGAGGACCUCGGCGAAGGCUACGACGAGUUCGUCGAGGACGCGCGGCUGGAGCUGGGCAAGAAGGGCGAGAAGGAGGCGGCGCGGCGGCACCGGCGCGAGAUGGCGGACCUGAUCAACGCAGCCGAGGGCGGCGGCUCGGACGGCGAGGGCGAAGGGGAGGACGCGGACUCGGACGCCGAGCGAACGGCCGCGUACGAGGCAGCGCAGACGAGGGCCGCCAUGGGCGGGCACCACCAUCUCGCCGACGAGGGCGGCGCGGCCGGAGGGACCGGGCUGGUCAUACCGCGGAUGAGGGCGCUCCCCGAGCUGGGCGAGUCGCUGGCGCGGAUGCGGAGCCUGGUCCAGGGCGUGGAGGAGCAGGCGGCGGCGAAGAGGAAGCGGAUCGAGGCGCUGGAAAAGGAGAGGCAGGAGAUUGUCGCCCGGGAGGCCGAGGUCCAGGAGGUGCUCAACCAGGCUGGGGUCAAGUACCAGUCUGCCAUGGGAGUCAAGCAAGAUAGUGUGGUGGAUCCCCUGAAGCUGGCGGCAGAGUCGCCCCUGCGUGCUGCCUCUGGUGCGGCCACGAUCCCACCCGCGGAGAGGGGUCUCGAGAGCUUUGGCACACCUUCGAGGCGGCAGGAAUACGAUGAAGAGAUGGUCGACUGA